CUCACCUCUAUUUGUUUCAGUUUACCUUAAAAACUUGCAUCUUCUCCAAACAAUGAAAAGAAUGGAUUUUUUCUGUGCUUCUCAAGCUUCAACAGCCAUCUGCUCUAGCCUGGACCAUCGUUCCAUGGUCCGCCGUGGCCAUCGGCCCAUCGACCGCCAACGUUCUAAGCCUUAUGCACCUUGUUCAUCAGAAUUGCCCAUUAUUCCAGGGCUGCCUCACCAUGAAAAGAGUAGAAAGAGCUCUGUGAAGCCAAGCGAUGUACGUCGAAAAAAUUCAGCUGAUAUCUAUGAUCUAAGGAGUCCUCCUGCUCCUGGUUCCUCCAGAUAUCUUCUAGGCGAUACACCUUUUAUUGAUUUGUUAUUGGACUCCGACCGCGUCUCACCACCGGUAAUGCCAAACCGUUUAAGCUCUGACGAGUCUCCCUCUUUAAAAUCGUCUUCAUCCGUCCUGUCUCGUCACCAGCAGGUGGUGGUUUUGAGGGUUUCAAUCCAUUGCAAAGGAUGUGAAGGGAAAGUAAGAAAACACAUCUCAAAAAUGGAAGGAGUGACAUCAUUCAGUAUAGAUUUGGCCACAAAGAAAGUGACGGUGAUUGGAGAUGUAACUCCCGCAAAUGUUCUAGCAAGCGUUUCCAGGGUGAAGAAUGCACAGCUCUGGCCAUCUGCAACAGUAGCAAGAGCAGCUCCAUCUUCUCCAAUGGUGAUAAAAAAUAGAAAACACUAGGGUUUUAAUUUCUUUUUCUUUAAAAGAGUAUGAACUAUGGCAUACCAGCAGAUUGCUUGUGUGUUUCCCUUGUCUAGAUGCAUGCUUAGAUCCUAAUUCACUGUUCACAUUUGAGUUUCUACUGUAGACUAAUCAAAUGUAAGCUUUUUUGGGGAAUGU